AAGAACUCAACCAGGAAGCGAAUGGCGGAAAUUUCUAUGGGAAAUUUAGAUCCACCUCACCAGAGCCAUAGAGAUCACUCUGUCCCUCAGCACUCACGCUUUCAGCUGGCAGUUUUUAGGUCAGAUCCGUUUUUUUCCUGAAUGGGGAGGCCAGCCGAGUAGACAGCAGAUGCCUUCAGCCAAAAACGGUGGAUGAUUUUGAAGAAACGAUGCCGUCGCGUCUAACCACCCGGCAGGAUCUGUAAAGAUCUGCUGAGAGACUCCUGUCACUGACAGCCCGCCAGAUUAAACACCGACAUAUGGCCCUGCUUCUCAGCUAACCGAGGGACACGACGUGACAAGAAGACCAAACUAGCAUCAUGUUCCUUAAAACAUCUUUCACCACUGUGAUUGUGGGGGUGUUUGUGGUGUACGUGCUCCACACCUGUUGGGUAAUGUACGGGAUAGUGUACACUAAACCCUGCGACAGCCCCAAAGGUGACAACUGUAUCACACCCUUCUUGGCAGGGAACCCAAAAUUACAGUUGAGUAUCUACACUGCACUGCAGCCCAAUGCAGAGGGAGGACAUACUUUGAUCUACAAAGAGGAACAAUUUGAUGUCAAGAGCAAGUUUGAGAGGAUAGUAAACGUCUCCCUUCCUAAGAAGACCCGCAACAAUGGAACUUUAUAUGCGCUGAUAUUUGUCCAUCAAGCUGGCGUCACUCCGUGGCAGGAUCCACAACAGGUCCACUUGGUGGCUCAGCUCACCACAUACAUGGUCCCUAAACUGCCUGAAAUCUCUUUGAUAUCUGGCGAGGAUCAAACACAGAGUCAGAAAGAAGCCCUGCAGGAGAGACGUGAUGGUGACCCUACAGCAGGGGGUGGCGCUGGUCCCACUUCCAAGGCCGAACACCCAGUUUCUCACUGGCGCACUCGCCUGACACUCAACAUUGUCAGCGACCACUUCCUGUUUGACAGAGAAUACCUGCCCAAUGAUGUCCACAGAUACCUCAGAGUAUUCCAAAAUGGUAAGAAGAUAGUUUAUCUACCUCUGCUGUUUGUUGAUGAGCUCAGCAAUCGGGUCAAGGACCUCGUGGUAAGCUUUUACCUUGACAGAUUUAUGUCCUGUCUGUUGCUAUUUCAGCUCCUCUUUGACUUCCUGGCAUUCAAGAACGACAUCAGCUUCUGGAAGCAGAAGAAAAGCAUGGUGGGAAUGUCCAGCAAAGCCGUGCUGUGGCGUUGUUUCAGCACCAUAGUGAUUUUCCUCUAUUUGUUUGACGAGCAGACCAGCUUGCUUGUCCUCAUACCUGCUGGCGUCGGCUCUAUUAUUGAAGUAUGGAAAGUGAAGAAGGCCUUAAAGAUCCAGGUUUUCUGGAAAGGAGGCAAACCAACAUUCCUGUAUGGAAAAUCAGACGAAUCGGAGAGGAGAACAGAAGAGUAUGAUACUCUGGCCAUGAAGUACCUCUCAUACCUCCUUUACCCGUUAUGUAUUGGAGGGGCUGUGUAUGCUCUAAUAUUCCUAAGAUAUAAGAGUUGGUACUCAUGGCUGAUCAAUAGUUUGGUUAAUGGUGUAUAUGCCUUUGGCUUCCUCUUCAUGCUUCCUCAACUGUUUGUCAACUAUAAGCUGAAAUCUGUGGCCCACCUGCCCUGGAAAGCCUUUACGUACAAGGCAUUCAAUACCUUCAUUGACGACGUGUUUGCCUUCAUCAUCACCAUGCCAACGUCCCACAGACUGGCCUGUUUUAGGGACGAUGUGGUGUUUCUCAUUUACCUCUACCAGAAAUGGCUCUACCCAGUGGACAAAACCAGAGUAAAUGAAUACGGCAUUUCUUACGACGAAAAACCCAAAGGAAAGACUCACGAGGACUAGUGAGAAAAGACGUUUUGGCUUCCAUGAUCUGGUAUCUUGUCUUCAGUCCACAGGUAUCCAAUGAUUGGUAUUGGUCAUUUAGUAUCAGCUGAGCUGCUUCAACGGUCCAGAAGCACCUGGGAAAAAUGUUUUGGGCUUUGUUCAGUUAGUUGUAAAUGGACCAGACACAUCAAUAUCCUUGUGUUUAUGACUUAACGUCCUAUAGUGCAAAUUGUUGAAAGGUCAUCAUCUGCCUCAUGCAGUCUGGAGAAUGUUUUUGUUUUUCUGUGUGUGUGUGUAUAUAAAACGGGACAGAAAGAUCAUGAAGAUGAACCUCUAACUCAUUUCAAACGGACGCAACAAUCUGGGAAAAAAGUGUUGAGCCUUCUAAACUAGACAUUCUGUUCUUCACAAUCCACAAAGCCAGUCACAUUCUUUGUGUAUUGGAACAGCUCCAUGCUAUUAUUAUACCACGGGAUGUCUUUUUUUUUUUUUAACCUGGAUUUCCAGCUUUGCAUGUUUGCAAAUACUGGUUUGGUUGUGCUAAACUGCAAGAGGAUAUGCAGUGUGAUUUAAUACAGAAGUGUGGAACAUAUUAAGAUAAAACUGACCUUUCCAGAAUUUUAAUAGCAAUGGUAAAAAGGGAUUUAUAACUUUGAACAUUAUGUUUAGAAACAUUUUAAUUCACUGACUGCAUACAUUUUGAGAAGAGCCAAGUUCACACUGCUUUGAAGAACUACCAUCUAAAUAUUUUGAUUUUCCAGAUAAUCAUUCCAUAAGUGCAAAGUCUGAUAGCUCAGAGCUUUCAAUUACAGUUUCCCAGUUGUAAGUCAAUGUAUUGUUAGCUCAAUUAACCAUUCCUGAUGCAGAAUUUGAGUGCUUUUCUAGAAAUCACAUGAAAUUGUGCUAACUAUGUUUAAAUAUUGCUCAGUGAAAAGUCUAACAAUUUGCCUCUGUCAAUUUGUAGACACUUCAAAUGGUUUUUAUCCCAAAUGAUCAUGAAUACAAAGCUUUCAUGUUUAGACCCUGGUACAAAUUCCAGAACGACAGAUCCUGUUUAACCUUCCAGUUACACGUGCUUAAAAGGACUGAGGAUGAUGAAGAUUCUGAUUUGUUGUCAUGGUGAUGGGGAUAACUUGCCUAAACACUCUUAAACUUUACUGUUCCAGAAUUUGUUUAGUUGAACUCUCUUGAGUCACACAUUAAACAAUACUGACUCUUAUUACACUGUUUGUUAAGCUGCCUACAUAUGAGAGGUAAAACAGGUGCAGGUCUACGUUCUCAUUGCUUCUGGCUUUGGUUGAGCCUUUCAAGGUCAGCCAAAACAAGGUCAAAGUUGAAAUCAUUUAAGCUUUGAGCGCAGCGCUUGCCAGCAAUUCCGAGCAGUGUGUUGCGCCGAGGUAUAGUACUUCCUCUCCUGUGGUCGGCACUGCUCUUCCAAAAGGAAAACAAAGGCACAGCCAGCGCAGAGCGGUUUUCACCGUGGAUCAUGUGUAGGGGGCUGAACACAGAAGGGUACCUCUGAAAGCCAUAGACUCCUUUCCAUCCACUCUAGUUUUGUAGUUUUACCUGCUCGAGUAUUUUUUUACAUAAUAGGGCCAAGUAAACACGUUGGUGCCAAAUGUGAGAAUGAUUCUUUAAACUACUUCUGAGCUUUGUAUGUUCACCAUAAAUGGUCCAUCUGA